AUGCCAUCAUCUCUCGAGCAAGAGGUGGCACAGCGGCUGGCUUCCAGCUUGCCCAAUGCUAGCGAGCUGCUCGCACAACGUGUCAUCUCACUCUCGCGCUCGUUACCAUCGGACAAGGCUUUUGCAACCGCUGCCCGUGCGUUCGGCAGGUUCGACGACUCUUUCUUAGUCGAAUUGCGCAGCUACAUCUCGUCGCAUCCAGAGCAGCGCCCCAGCAACAGCGACGAUUUCUCUUUGUCAUCAUCACACUAUACAGCCCCGUCAGAAUCUCGACGCGAGAGGUCUGGUCUCUCGACCCUUGGUGGCGAGAAGCACGUGUUCAAGGCCCCAUCCACAUCAAAGUCAAGUCAAAGUGCAUAUGAACUCGACAAGCUAGCUGCAGCCAAGCGCUCCAAUCUCAACGGUUCAGCCUCGUCCAGCAAACGUCAACGAAUCUCCGGCGCGCAGCUCAGCCAUCUUGUCGAUGAUCACGAAUCGCCGACAACGAAGCUUGCCACCGAAGAGCCCGUCUUCAAAGCGCCUUCAAGGCCUGCAUCUGCUUCGCAGGCUCGUAUGCGCUCCACCGCCAACGAGACUCCCAGCCAUCCCGGUGGUCUGAGCGACACGGCUGCGCGCCGGUUAGAAGAGCACCGUCGUAAGCGUGCCAUGGCUGCUGAUGCAAGCGUCGAAGCCGCCAGCAAGGGAAAGCAGGCUACGUCUCGAACGAACGCCAGCGGGAAUGACAGCGCCUCUUUGAGGCUACCCGCUAACAAUCGUGUGAAUGGUGACUCAUGGCGACCUUCGGAUCGUGAUGGUGAUCGACGCCGAGAGCAGCACCAGGGUCGCCAUCGCGAUGGCGAUGAAAGGCGCUCGCAGUAUGGUAAAGAUGAACCGGAAAGGCUCGAGCGACGCACAUGGGACUCGACACCGCGCAAUUCGUCGCACAGAUUCGACCAAAAGGACCGCUGGACACCGCGACGUUCGGAAGACAAUGCCGCAUCACAACGAUCCGACUCACACAUCGCAUCCAUACGAUCAGCCGGCUCCCGUCGCUGGGACGAGUCUACGUCUCGCCAAGGGGCUUCACCCACGCCUUCAAACUUCGAUCACGACCACGGCCCAGAGGAUCGGAUGUGGGACGAAGACGAUCGCCAGCUCGAUCGUGACUGGUACGACAUGGAGGAAGGCGGCGUCGCAGCCGACGAAGAACACAACCCUUUCUCCCAAUACGAAGACAUGACUGGUCAAGUUUCCGCGCCUCUUGCAGCCAAAAAGGAAAGGGUCACGGCACGCCAAGCUCAGUACAACGCCGACUCGGACGCUUGGGAACGUAAUCGAUUGCAAACCAGCGGUGUUGGUCCCAGGACUGCCAUCGAUCUGGACAACAUGGACGAAGACGGUGAGAGUCGUAUCCAUUUGCUCGUCCACGACCUCAAACCGCCAUUUCUAGAUGGUAAGACGGUCUUUACAAAGCAACUCGAGCCUAUCAAUCCAGUCAAAGACGGGUUGUCGGACAUGGCUGUCUUUGCCCGAAAAGGCAGUCGUCUGGUGAGAGAGACAAGGGAGAAGGCAGAGCGCGCCAAAGCAGCUGGAAAAGUGGCAGCAAUGGGCGGAACCACGCUGGGCAACAUUCUUGGAAUCAAAGCAGACGAUGAUGAGGAUCAUCCUGUCGCUGUGCCCACAGGCGUCAACAAAGGAAGUGCGCAUCCAGAGAGCGAGAGCGCAAAAACUGCUGCUGAAGAUGCUGCUGCGCAACCAGACGGCAAAGGCGACUCGCAAUUUGCCAAGCACCUCAAGACGAGCACAGGGGGAUCUGAAUUCAGUCGCACCAAGACGCUUAAGGAGCAGCGACAAUAUCUCCCGGCGUUCGCCUGUCGCGAAGAGCUCAUGAAGAUCAUCCGUGAGAACCAAGUUGUCGUCGUGAUUGGCGAGACGGGUUCCGGCAAAACCACGCAGCUCGCGCAGUUCCUUCACGAAGACGGCUACACUCAAUAUGGCAUGGUUGGCUGUACGCAACCGCGUCGUGUGGCCGCCAUGAGCGUAGCCAAACGUGUCAGUGAAGAGAUGGAGUGCAAGCUCGGCGGCACUGUUGGUUACUCGAUUCGUUUCGAAGACUGUACCAGCAGCGAAACCAAGAUCAAGUACAUGACUGACGGUGUGCUGUUACGAGAGAGUCUCAACGAAGCCGAUCUGGAUCGAUACAGCGCCGUGAUUCUUGACGAGGCCCACGAGAGAUCGCUCAGCACCGACGUGCUUAUGGGCCUGCUUCGCAAGAUUUUGCAACGAAGGCGCGAUCUCAAGCUGAUUGUUACUUCGGCUACGAUGAAUGCCGACAAGUUUGCCUCUUUCUACGGUGGUGCUCAGACGUUUACGAUUCCAGGAAGGACAUUCCCCGUUGACGUGCUGUUCAGUAAGACACCAUGCGAAGAUUAUGUCGAUAGCGCUAUCAAGCAAUCCCUCUCGAUCCAUCUCUCGCAUCCGAAGGGAGACAUUCUCGUGUUCAUGACAGGUCAAGAAGAUAUCGAGGUUACAUGCCAGGUCAUUACCGAGCGGCUGUCACAGAUCGACGAUGCUCCACCGCUGCUGGUGCUGCCAAUCUACUCACAGAUGCCAGCGGAUCUGCAGGCCAAGAUUUUUGACGCAAGCGAAAACGGAGAGCGAAAAUGCAUUGUUGCCACCAACAUCGCCGAAACCUCGCUCACCGUUGACGGCAUCAUGUACGUUGUCGACGCCGGAUACUACAAGCUCAAGGUGUACAACCCAAAAGUGGGGAUGGACUCUCUGCAGAUCACGCCGAUUUCGCAAGCCAAUGCGAAUCAGCGUUCGGGUCGUGCCGGUCGAACAGGCAGCGGUACAGCAUACAGGUUGUACACCGAGAUAGCAUUCCGUACCGAAUUGUUCGCCAACACCAUCCCUGAAAUUCAGAGGACCAAUCUAGCCAACACGGUCCUCAUGCUCAAGAGUCUCGGCGUAUCCAACCUGCUCGACUUCGACUUCAUGGAUCCUCCACCGCAAGACACGAUUCUCAAUAGCAUGUACCAGCUAUGGGUGCUGGGUGCGUUGAACAACGUAGGCGAGCUGACACCAUUGGGACGCAAGAUGGGCGAGUUCCCAAUGGAGCCGAGUCUCUCCAAGAUGCUGAUCACGAGCGUCGAGUAUGGAUGCUCAGUAGAGAUGCUGACAAUUGUCAGCAUGCUAUCAGUACCGUCUGUAUUCUACCGACCCAAAGAGAGGAUGGAGGAGAGUGAUGCUGCCAGGGAGAAAUUUUUCGUCGCCGAAUCGGACCACCUGACGCUUCUACAUGUAUACAACCAAUGGCGGAACAACGGCUAUCGUGAUUCAUGGUGCAGCAAACACUUUCUGCAUUCCAAAACUCUCCGAAAAGCACGAGAGGUACGGGUGCAGCUGGAAGACAUAAUGAAGACGCAAAAGCUACGCCUGGUUUCAUGCGCCACGGAUUGGGACGGAAUUCGAAAAUGCAUCACUGCCGGAUACUUCCACCAAGCGGCAAGAUCGGCGGGGAUAGGAGAGUAUGUAAACUGCAGGACGGGCAUCAAGAUGUUCCUGCAUCCAACGUCGGCGUUGUACGGGUUGGGGUACAGCCCCGAAUACGUUGUUUACCACCAGGUGGUGUUGACGAGCAAAGAGAUGAUGAAUACGGUUACCCAGGUGGAUCCACAUUGGCUGGCCGAACUGGGCGGUGCCUUCUAUUCUAUUAAGGAAAGAGGCAGUACAAGCCAUGGCACGCGGGCAAAACGGACGGGCGACCUGGAUAAGCUCACAAGCUUGGAGCAUCAGAUGAUGAAGGAUCGAGAGCAACAAAAGACCAAGGAACGGGAGAGGAAAGAACAGGAGAGAAGAAACGCCGCUGGAGGAGGUGCAGAGACGCCGGCGAUUGCGACGCCUGGUGCUACGCCGUUUCGUUCUCGAACGAGGCGGUUCGUCUAA